AUGCCGAAGCGUCACCGCCAGCCGGAGCCCCUUCAGACCUCACAGAAGCAGCAGCAGAAGCAAGAACAACAACAGGAGCGCAUCGAGGACUACGGCGACGACCCGCAGGAGCAGGUGAGCUGCAGCAGUGACGAGUUCCACAGCAGCGAGAUGGGCGACGACGGCAACGUCUCCUCAACGGCGGAGAGCCUCAACGACGACACCGACAGCUCACCCAUGAUGAUGGGCAGCGACAACGACGACGACGAUGAUGACGACGCCAGUCUCAUUAACGUGGAUUUUGGCGUGUUUGAGAUGAAGCCGCGUGACGUGGAUGCCGUGAUGCAUCUCAUGGACCAGCUCUGCCCCGACAAGAUGAACGAGGUCGACCGCGACGAGUUAGGCGCCGUGCUGCACGCGAGUCCUUUCACAUGCGUCGUGAAGAUCGGCAGUGACGACGACGACGACGACAACGACGAGGAUGAUGCUAACGAUGAGGAUGAGGGCGACAAGGACAACGACAACAAGGACGGCGACGCCGAAGAGGAGGAAGAGAUUUACGGCAUGGCGAGCAUUCUCGACGUGGCGCACGAGUCCCGCCUGGGCCUGCUGCUGCAGCUGCUGAAGAGUGACGUCUGGCGCACCGUGGCGCCGGGGAUACUGCCGACGGACAUGCUGACCUCCGUCGACGACGCGACGGGGAAGGCGAAGUGCGUGCUGCUUGUUGGUGAGUACAUCCGCAACGUGCCGCUGGAGCUUACCUCUCACAUCCUCAGCGACCUGGUGGGGCGCUUCGAAGCCGCCUUCAACCCCAAGAGCUCAGCCGACGCAGCCGCAACAACGGCAACAGCGUUGGAGGCCGCAAAGACAACCGUUCAGGCGACGUUCCCAUGCAUGUUUGCGCUGCUUUCAAAGAUACAGAGGGCGGUGGAUGUCCCUGUCACGACGGCAACAACAACAACAACAACAACAUCGGGGGCAACGAAGCACGAGCCACCACAGAAGAAGAAGCGGCGGCAGAGCAUCUCACAGCAGGAGGAGUUUGACAUGAGCCGCUACAUUUUCUGGCGCGAGGAGGACUCUAUCCUGUAUGAGUACCGAGACAAACGCAUCGCCACGGUGGCGUACCGCUGCCGCCCACAGUACGACACACAGCCGGAGAACGACCUCCCCGUUUCUAUCCUGUACGUGGUGCCGUACGGCGGUUUGCUGCAGGCGGUGGCAGAGAUGAAGAAGCGCGAGGCCACUCAAGCCAAUGUUGUGCGCUAUUGA